AUGUGGUCUCUCGUCAGAACCGGAGUUGCCAGGAUUGCGUCCUCCAGCAUUCCUUCAUCAUCACGCGUUAGAUUCCCAUCAGUGACGACCUUAAAACCAUUUCCUAACCGACCAUUGUUUGGUUGGCUAAAUUCAGUCUUCAACAAAGUUGAUGAUGACCGAGUGAAGGAAGUGGGUCCGGAUUUGGCGGCAGCAGAAUGGUUGCUGCGUUGUGGAGCAGGCGUGAAAUGGUCGGGCAGUUCGAAGUUGACAAAGGACUACAAUCAUUUGCCCGCAAAAGGCACCGGCAGCAGAAUUGAAGCAAUAGAUGCAACGGAAGCGUGUGUUAUGGGUUUGGGGUUCCCACACUUGCGUGGACUGGAGGGCGUGAAGGAGGUGAAACUUGUUCGUUGCGCUUAUCUGGAUGACGAAGCACUCGCUUACCUGAUCAACCUCAAGCAUCUCGAAAAGCUCGAAAUAAUCUCUUGCGGUAACAUAACCAGUGCUGGUCUGCAUUAUCUCAAGAGACUUGGUCAACUCAAAGAGCUCAAUCUCUAUGACCUCCCAGAAGUCCCGCGGAUGGAGAUGUUGAAGGAGCUGCAAGAAGCUCUUCCGAGCACCAAGAUCCAGUUUGAUGAUGCAGAACGAAGUCAGGCUUCGAAUCAUGAAUCCUGAGUUGAAUUUUCUCUUGCUUAGGAUUCUCUGGUGAUUGUGAAUCAUGCUGUCAUUUUGUAUUGUUCUAAAAUGAAAAUGUUUUAGUCUGCAGUCUGAGGGCAUGUUAUAAGUUUUCGAUGGCUCAUUGAGAAUCUCCCUUCAGGAUAAUGAAGCUGUGAUCUCGAGGUUUUGUAGUCGAAUGUUUUUGGAGCUUGAUUCAUCUGGGCCAGGAAGAAUUACUCAUAUAGUAUGAGAGGUUAUUAUUCAUAAAUUGAAUUUUUUUUUUAUAAAAACGAGCCAUAGAGGGCUUAUUGAUUCAUCCUGACCUUCAGUGAAGAGGAAGAAAGGGAUUGAUUUGUCGCCUGCAGUGUAGUUUAUACAAGCCAUUUUUGGGGGCGAAAACUUGAAAUUUUCCUAAAGAAGGAUUGCUAUUGUUCCAUCUAACAAAUGUAUGAUGAUGGAACCAAUAGUGUUUGCUAGCCAAGAUCCCUUUGUAGUCUCUUGUUGGCUCUUCCUUUUCAAUUAAAAACUAAAUAUGGCUGAGCUCCAGGCUUGAAUAAAAAUUAAGCUGUAUCAAAGAUGUAGCAAGCAUAACUAAUAGCUUCCCUGGAUACAAUUUUUUAUAUUUUUAACUUCAUUUUUCAGAUGGGGCAUGGUUUUGGGAUUGUUUGUAAGAAACGUCUAGUGCUUUUCCCCACUCAAAAUUGGUUGAAGAUAAUUUUUAAAUGUAAUGUAUCCUCAAGGUUUCAGUAUCCUCAAAGCAUUCUUGAUAAAAAAUUAGUUGGCUUCAAUCCAUUACUUAAAAAUAUGCAGUUUAAAACAAAGUGAAGUUCCAAGAUAAAUUUUAAAUAAGUAGUACAGUACCUCCAUUUCUCAAAUAGACCAGAGGAUGCAGGACAACAGCUCUUGCAUUUCUGCAAUUUUUUAAAAGAGGUUGUCCCACUUUGGCGUGACCUUGGUUAUAUAUAAAGUAUUAAUGACUGUACACAAAAUUAUGAUUUAAUCCAUGAUGUUGUGAGGUUCUGGGAUUUUUCAGGUAAGAAAAGUAAUUUACUGCUCAAUGAUGAGUGAAAAUUUUCCAGUUUUGGCCAGAAUUGUCCACCCAUUUCACAGCGUGCUAAAAAAUUGAAAUAUUGUUCAAACGACUAUCUUUUCUACAUUUAAAAUAAUGGUCAAAACUGAAAGCAACGAAGAAUUUUCAAUUACCUGCUGACCUGACGUAUUUUAGCACCCUGUGACAUAUGGGUGGAUGACACCGACCAUAACUGUGAAGUUUUCACUAAUCAUCAUGCUGUAAAUUUGCCUUUUUUUUUCAAAUCCCAAAAAAAGAUCUCAGAACCUUACAACAUCCUUGACCAUUUUUUUUUACAUUCAUACCUCCUCUACAAAUAACUAAGGUCGCGCCCAAGUGGGACAA